AUGACAGACUCAGAGAAGGUUUUCAGUAAGCAUGACGUCAACAAAGACGGUAAAAUGAGCUCCAAAGAGCUGGAGGCAGCGCUGAAAGAGCUGGGCGUGCCUGCUAGCUCCACUCUUAUACAGGGAAUUCUGGCUCAGUACGACAAGCCGCCCCAUGAUGGGUUCAUAAGCUUGACUGAGUUCCAGAACCUGGCGACUGACAUGGAGGCCAUCACGAAGACGGGGCUUGAGGAAACCCUCAAACACUUUACUGAGACCUACGACAAGGAUGGCAGUGGCUUCAUCACUCGUGACGAACUGAAGGCAGGGAUGGUGACACUCGGCAUGGGCAGUGAUGACGCCACCGUCAACGCCAUCAUCCAGAUGUCUGACGUGAACAACGACGGCAAGAUCAGUGUCCAGGAGUUCGCAGCAGUCAUCGGCCACGGGAAGUAA